AUGCGCCAGAGCUCAGACAGUACCUCAGGGAGGUAUCAUGCUCGGGAUAUGCGCGCGUAUGCCUUGUGGCAGCGGGCAGUUCAGAGAGUGUUGGAAGAAGGUGGGAGAGAAACUGCAGCAGCAGCAGCAGCGGCAGCAGCGACGGGGCAGCUCAAUGCGCUUAACAACAAGAAGACAAAGAAAAGCAGCAAAGAAUCGGUUCUGGAGCCUCCCAGAAGGCUGCUGCGACAUGAACCCUUCGAUGAACGUCUGGCUUUGGAGCAGUACCAGACGCUGCUGCUGCAGCAGCAGCAGCACGAGGGGUCGUCAGUGCAGGUGAAAUCUGAAGACGGGAGCAACACUAGCAGCAGCAGCAGCAGCAACAGCAGCAGCAACACGGCUAACAACGGCGCAGCUGCACUGCCUGACACAGUGUCUGGCAGCAGUAGCAGCAGCAGCAACGCUGCUGUUGCUGCUGCUGCUUCCGUCUCCAGCUCCCAUAUAACAGCGACACUUGCAGCUCCAGCGACUCCGCGCGCGUUUUCUGAAGCUACGAAGGAAGAAGACGAUGAAGCUCCAGAUCAGCCUACUUACGGGCUGGAGCCGUAUGACUCGACUCUGGAAGAAGGCGAAGAGGCCAAGAUGCCUGACGUGUAUCCCUCCGGCAUCCAACGUAGAAGAGACGACGCUUCUGUGGAUCCCAAAGUCAACCACCACAUGUUCCUCCUGCAGCGGUUUUUGGAUCUUUUUGGACCGCAUAUUGGUCUUGAGGACUGGAGUUUCGAAGCCGUACACGAUCUUGUCACCAAACGUGAACUCAACGACUUUGGUGCGCGCUUCUUCUCGCGGCUUUCCGCUCUGAUCGGUCGACGCUACACGCCAGGGAAUAACCUGUCCAAGUGCCUCUGCAAGAUCCUCGAAGAUCGAGUGGCGAUGGAUUUUGGAUUUCUCUUUCCUCUGGGCAUCAAUCCUUUCCUCGUGAGGGUGUGGGAGGACGUCAAGCCCUACCAGCGCCUUCGUUGUAUUCGCGUCUUGCUAAACAAUGCGCUCGGAGAUUCAACUGCGCUUCACAACGUCAUUGACUCUUGGGGACCAUCGAAGCGUGCCGCUUUCCUGGAUGGGUCGUUCUUCAUUUCCGCCGACGGCUACAUCUUUUGGUUUGUUGCGGAGCAUCAGAAACCCCACAACUUCAGACUCUACAAGGAGGAUCAAGCAGCGGGCAGUCUAGAGAUCGUGGCGGAAACUUUGGAGGAGCUCAAGGCUUUCGCCGAGGCGGAAGAAGCGAAAGAUCCUCCCGACGAGUUCUUCCCCGCGCUGCUAAGGGAAAAGGAGUCGGAACUGCAGGCUGCUGCGGCUGCCGCUGCUGCUGCGGCUGCUGCUGCAGCGCAGAGGGAGCUCGAGCGGCAGCAGCAGCAGCAGCAGCAGCGCCAAGAGCAACAGCAGCAGCAGAAGCAAGAAGGGGAUGGAAACGCUCUAGGCCAAGAAGGCGCAGUGGACGCGAAUCACAGCGACGCUCCCAUCGAGGUUCGCAGCAACGCCGCAAUUUUGCAUAGCCAACGUUCCAGUGCCAGAUCCCUUGUACGGAGUCUCUUUGAGCUGCCCGCCGCGUGCGGGGAAGUGAGGGGAGAAGUGCCUACAAGCUCGGUGGGGGUAGUGUAUGAGAGGGAUGGGGGCAUGAUACGUUUCGCGGUGCACAUGCGGUUGGACACGUGUGUAUCAGGUGAUGGAGUUUUACGGGAAGCUGCGCGAAGGCAUGAGCGACGAGGAAGGAGGAGCAGUCUUGGGUUCUCAGCUGCUGCAGGAAGCCGAUAA